AUGUUUUUUCUUCUAACUGUAGUAUAUUUUUUAAAAGUCUGUUACAGUUAUCAAGGUCCAGAUGUUCAAACGCCAUUGGGAAGUGUUCGUGGUGUGUGGAAAACAAGUUUACAAGGAAAUGUGUAUAGUUCUUUUGAGGGAAUCCCAUAUGCAAAACCACCGGUUGGAGACUUAAAAUUCGAAGAACCUGUACCUAUAGGCCCAUGGCAAGGCAUCUGGGAGGCUACAAAAGUGUAUCAAUGUUUGCAGGAUGGUUUGGUUGGAGCGAUGGGUAGUGAAGACUGUCUUUAUCUAAAUAUAUAUGUUCCUGGAAAGAACGUCGAGCAACAUAAAAAACUUGAUGUAGUUGUUCUCAUCCAUGGUGGAGCCUUUAUGAUGGGCAGUGGGGAUAUGAUGUUGAAUUCGGCAUUCGUAAUGGAUCAAGACCAUACUAUUUAUAUAUCUAUCAACUAUCGUUUAGGAUUAUUGGGUUUUCUUAGUACUGAAGAUGAUGAAAUACCAGGUAACAAUGGAAUGAAAGAUCAAGUAGUAGCCUUAAAAUGGGUAAACGACAACAUUGAAUACUUUGGAGGCAAUCCAAAUUCAAUAACACUAACUGGAAUGUCGGCUGGAGCAGCCAGUGUUCAUCUUCACUAUUUAUCCCCUCUCUCUAAAGGAUUAUUCCAAAGGGGGAUGUCUCAUAGUGGCACUGCUCUAAACCCCUGGGUUAUUAAAGAAAAUCCUUUAGUGUUCGCCAAAAAUCUAUCAGCUUCAGUUGGAUGUCCUGAAUCACCAAGUAAAGAACUUAAAGAAUGUAUCAAAAGGAGACCGUCUAAUCUUUUGUUAGAAAAAAGCGGUAUAUUUAAAGAGUAUCAACAGAUGCCAUUUUCCCCAUUUGCUGUAGUAAUUGAUGGAUAUUCCAAAAAUCCUUUUUUACCAGAGAAUCCUUAUCAAAUGUUACUGAAAAAAAAAGUAGCUGAUCUUCCUUGGCUUGCGUCAAUGACAAGGGAUGAAGGAAUUUUUCCUGGAGCUUGGUAUUGUGACUCUUGGGAUGAAAUUGACAAAAAUUUUAUACAAAAAGCGCAUAUAUUACUGGAUUACAAUCACACUUUGCCGGAAGAAAUUCGAGAAAAUUUUGCAACUAAAAUAAAAGAUUAUUAUUUGGGGAAAGGAGAAAGUUUAAAGGAAGAAAAUUCUAAUAAAUUUUAUGAUCUAUUAACUCACCGCUUCUUCGCUAUUGGAGUUGAAGAUGCUAUAAGACUGCAAUCGGAAGCUAAUAAAUCUCCUGUUUAUUAUUACUAUUUUAAUGUCGAUGAAGGCAAAUCACAAAUUGCAUCUUUCUUGUGUCCUCAUAAAGAAAUUAAAGGUGUUGGUCACUGUGAUGAUAUAUUUUAUAUGUAUGGAUUUCAAUUAGCUAACAUAGAACCUAUAAAAAAACUCAAAUCAGUUUUUGAUAAAAUUAUUAAAUCUUUUGUAUCAGGACAGUACCAUUUAUUAAAAGACAAUUUCAAUUGGUGGCCAUCCGAGGGAAAAUAUCUUACAUACUUAAAUAUCACAUCUGAUACCGAUUUAAAUGUACAAAACAUCCAUACAAUGGUUCCUGAAGGUAUCUGGGAUGAUUUAAAUAAUAUUGAAUACGAUAUAAAGGACAUUAAAGAUGAACUGUAA